AUGCCCGGCAACGGCAAGAGCGCGAAGAGGACCACAGGCGCGCGAAGUGGGCGGCCCAAGAGCGUCAAGGUCAUGCCAGCAAGCGGUGCGCCACCUGUUGAUGCUCUCAGGAAACCCUCCUCUGAGCUCGUUGGCGUUGUGUCCACUCCACUUGCGUUUUGUGAGUUGAUGUUGCAGAUGGAGCUCGUUCUGUUGGUGGUGACUUUUGUGGGCUUCUUAACGGUGGAGGAGGCCUUUCGGUCGCUUGUGCUACUGGUGGAGACCAUGUUGUUGACCGCCAUGCCAAUGGCAUCGAUGGAGACCGUGUUGCUGACGAAUAGUAUGUUGCUACUGGGAACUGCGUUGCUGAAGGUGGUUUUUCUGCUGGUGGACCCUUUGUUGCUAGUGGAGACCGUGUUGCCGGUGGAGGGAUGUCAGUGGGUACUGUGCUCCUGGUGCGCGCAACGUGAUUGA